AUAGAGCUCAGCCCAGAAAGUGGAAGUUGAGGGGGGUGCUUGCAGAGUCAAGGCCCUGGUUUAUGAUUUUGGAAUUAGGGUUGUAGAAAAUUGGGAGCUAUGGCGGGUGCACUGGUCAGGAAAUCUGGGUCGCAGUUCACCUCUAAUGGCGCUCGGGCUUGGGCUGCUGCAUUGCACCAGCAAGAGGGGCAUUUUCUGGGCGAUGAGUUUGAUUUGGGAUUUGGAAGUGGCAGGGUGCGGGAGUCGUCGUCUUUGGCGGUGUCGGGUAGUCAUCGGCCUGUGAAGAGAGGCACGGGCGGUAGAUCAUCCGUGAGUGGAGUCGUCGCUACAGUAUUUGGAGCUACUGGAUUUCUAGGGCGUUAUGUGGUUCAGCAACUUGCAAGAAUGGGGUCCCAAGUUAUGGUACCUUACAGAGGUUUGGACGAAGAAUGGAGGCAUCUUAAGCUCAUGGGAGACCUCGGACAGAUUGUGCCCAUAAAGUAUGACGCCAGGGAUGAGGACUCUAUCAAAGCAGCUAUUGCCAACUCCAACGUAAUUGUGAACUGCAUUGGAAAGGAGUACGAGACACGGAAUUUCUCCUUUGAUGAUGUCAACUAUGGAAUUUCGAAUCGUAUUUCAAAGUUGGCUAAAGAGCAUGGUGGCAUUCUCAAGUACGUACAAAUGUCAUGCCUGGCUGCGGAUCCUCAUUCUCCAUCAAGGCUCAUCCGUUCUAAGCAUGCUGCUGAAGAGGCAGUUAUGCAGAACUUUCCUGAGGCAACUAUCUUGAGGACAGCGCCUUUGGUUGGUGUUGAGGACCGUUUGCUGAAUCGAUGGGCCAUCCAAGCUAAGAAACUUCCUUUUGUCCCCAUACCAGGAGAUGGUCUGAGCAAGUUGCAGCCUGUGCUUGUAGUUGAUGUAGCUGCAGCAGUCAUUGCCGCCAUCAGAGACGAAGGUUUCAGCAUGGGCAAGACGUUUGAGCUAGGAGGACCAGAUGUUUUCACAGUCAAUGAACUUGUUGCGCUGAUGUUUGAGGCAAUUCGUGAGUAUCCGCGUGUCGUACAUAUUCCUAUGCCCCUUUGUCAGAUUGCUGCCAUGCCUAGAGAGCUUGCAAUGAAGAGAGGAAUUCCCAUCCCUUUUUCACCAUCAUUUUCGAAGGAUUACCUGGACCAAUUGGCGUGCGACCUCAUUGUCUCUCAAGAUGCAAUGGGUUUGGCAGACCUUGGCAUCACAUCUCACAAAAUCGGGGGUCUUACCAUCGAGCAUUUGAACGCUUAUCGGACUGGUGGCCCGUCAGUAGGCACAACAGUGGGUGAAUCAGUUCACGGAGCUGGGUUUUGAUAGGCACCUGUGCUCACUAAAUCUUUUCAAUAAACAGUCUGGUUUGUGCACCUCCUAAUUUUUUUUGUUCUAAAGCUUGCAAUGUCCUGAAAACAGGAAUAUCUGUGUAUAUCUCGCUCGUUUGGUGGCUAUUAUUAAUUGAUGUAUUGAUAUA